GUUUCAUUGGAAGUACCCACCUUGAAUCUGGUUGACCCAGCUUGGUUCUGCUGGUACAGGCAGAGGGACUGCUCUGUCUGGGGACUGAGGCACAAUAUAUACAUUUAGGUCUAAUCCGGCAUAAGGGACUGGGUCUGGCUGGGCCUGGGCCUAGUUCGAUGAGAUCGUGUCCCCAGGAUGUUGAGCUUGGAUGGGCUGGAGAUGAUAGCUGUCCUGGUGGUGAUGGGACUGUUCGUCAAAGUUCUGGAGCAGUUUGGACUCUUUGAAGUCAUAAGAUGGGAAGACAGCGUAGAGGAUGACUUUGAAUUGUCCACUGUGUGCCAUCGACCAGAGGGGCUGGACAAACUACAGGAGCAGACCAAGUUCAACAAGAAGGAACUACAAGUUCUCUACAGGGGCUUCAAGAACGAGUGUCCUAGUGGAGUGGUGAAUGAGGAGACCUUUAAAACCAUCUACUCCACAUUCUUCCCCCAGGGAGAUUCGGGUGCAUAUGCACAUUUCUUGUUUGAGGCCUUUGACACUAACAAGAAUGGAUCAGUUAGUUUUGAGGACUUUGUGUUUGGUCUGUCUAUCAUUCUGAGAGGAACGAUAAAUGACCGGCUAAACUGGGCCUUCAACCUGUACGACCUGAACAAAGACGGCUGCAUCACCAAAGAGGAGAUGAUGGAUAUAAUGAAGUCUAUCUAUGAUAUGAUGGGGAAGUACACAUACCCCUGUAUGCAGGACGAGGCACCCAGAGAACACGUGGAGAGCUUUUUCCAGAAAAUGGAUCGUAAUAAUGAUGGGGUGGUCACUAUUGAUGAGUUCAUCGAGUCAUGCCAAAAGGAUGAGAACAUCAUGCAGUCCAUGCAGCUGUUCGACAACGUCAUCUAGGAGCCUCUGACAUAGGAAAGUGGCUGGAGGACAGGGGAGGUGUGUGUGUGAGCGUGUACCACAGGAGGACAGGCUUGUGGUGAUGGCUGGAGCGGAAUAAGUGGAAUGGUAUCAAAUACAUCAAACACAUGGUUUCCUUCUGUUUGAUGCUAUUACAUUUGCUCCUUAGCGGCCAUUAUUAUGAGCCGUCCUCCCCUCAGCAGCCUCCACUGCACAUGUAUUUGUGUGUGUGUGUUUGUGCCUGUGUGUGUGUGUGUGUGCGUGUGUGCAUGCAUUUCUCUCCACCCCCACUCCAAGCCAAAAGGGGGUGCCUCCUCUUCUCCAGCCCUUCAUCUCUCCCAGAGACACAGAGAAGAGAGGGGCUGGUGAUCCACACCCACAACCACAUCAAGGACCAGUUCAGCAGUGAGGAACGUUACAGAACAUUCAAAUAGAAAUGUGUUGUGUAGAACAAAUAUGAUUGCCUGUUCUGUGUAAUAGGGAGUCAAUCGUGUCAGCUCUAUUCGUUACGUCUAUCUGCAACAUUUGGAGCGCUUUGCUUGGUGAAAACACCCGUUUCGUUAACAAUAUAAUUUUUUAACACUCCUGUUUCUGAGAAAGCUUCUGUAGCCUGCAGCCUGGACUCAACGUAGGAUAAAGUCCCCCAUACUCACUGAUCUAAGGUCAGUUUUGCAUGUCCCAACCUAAUGGUUAAGGUUAGGGUCAGGAGUGGUUAAGCUGAUCCUAGAUCUGUGGCUAGAGGUAACUUCUACAGAGCAGCAGGACCACUGACAUCUCUGUCAUUAAAACAAAGGUAACUAGCGCCACUUAGUGGACAAAGGAGGAAAGGACACCUGGAAAAGGGACAAUGGAACUGAAGGGACUGAGGAUCUGAAGGAUGAGACUUCUUGCGAAUAGAAGACAGAGUUGUUUUCAAUAAGGGACUGAUUUGAAUAUCGCAUGAUGAUGUCACUAAUAAUAACCUGUACGUAUAUACAGAAAUACUGUACAAAGCCUGUCUGUUUGUCUGUCUGUCUGCUGUUGCUAGAGUCAUCCACAGGUGCCUCGCUCUGUGUGUGUGCGCAUACGUGUGCUUACUUGUCAUUACAGUCUCUGGUAGGAAUCCAUUCAAAUUUCAACCCAUAUGAGGCCUCCUUUGUACUAACACUAACUUAUGCUGACUGUUGUACCUCUUACAAUAACCCUGCGGUCAAGAACUACUAGACAGUAAUGUGGGGCUGUAUUGAUGAACAUGCUGCUUGGACCUUCUAGGCUCCAGUAGACUUCUUACUGUAGGUGACUAACUGAUGCAGUGAAGCAUGGGAAUUGGAGUUCAAAUGGAAAUGUCUGGCUUAUCAAAUACUGUAAUACAUUAUAUUAUGCCUAUUUUUCAUUAUACUGAUCAUGCAACUGAAACUGGAAGCAUUUCUGUUUUGAUCGACCAUGAAAGAGCAGCAACAUGUCAAGAACAAUUCCACCCGCUACAGUAUCCAAAUUAAGCCUCUUGUUUCAUGUCUACGUACACAAAGUCAGGCAUGUGUGUUGUAGUGAGUGUGUGCGCGUGUUUGUGUGUGCGUGUGCAUGAAGGUGGGUGGGUAGGUGGGUGUGAGGACACCAGUACUGUUUCUACCAAAGAGUCAGACACAAACUGAAGAAGAAUUUAAAGCCACCUGCAGUUAUAUCAGGCUAUAAAUAGACACGUGUGAAAUGUGAGAGAGAGUGGGAGGAGAGGAGGAAGUGGAGAAAGAGAUAAAGAGAGAUUGGAG